UCCUACUGCCCCUCCCCUCCCGGCACCGGCUGUCACCAUCGCCCCUGGAGACAGACACAGCUGAGCUGCCGCCAGGAGCCCGCCCGGGAGAGGGGCAGAGAGCGGCGGCUGCCGGCGGGUCUGGCCACAACGUGGCUGCGCGCUCCCUGCUGCCUGUCGGCAGCCCCCAGCCCCGGCGGGCACCGUGAUGCUGCUGGAGGGCUGAGGCGGUGGCGGCUGCUCCAGACCCGGGCCGGCCGGCAGGGACGAGCUCCUGGGGCGGCUGCUUCUCCAGCCCCUGGGACAUGCUGCUGCUGGGACAGGAGCCCAGGAGAGCAGGGCAAGUCACCGCCCCGGCAGGCGCAGAGAAGAGGCGGCCGCGGCGCCCCCCCCCGGCCCAUCCUGGGCCAUUGGGGCUUUGCAGAAUCCGAGUGCAGGUGGAGCCGCGCCCGCCCGGGCAGCGGAAGGAGCUUCCAAUCCCCCCCCGGCCUUGCUGAAGACUUUUACAGGAUGCCCACGGAGGAGUUGUUCCUUAGUGUUUAGUUCACCAUCUUUAUAGCAGCUGGAUACUCAGCUUGCCAACAUCCAAGAAGUACCCGCACGCCUGCAUCUCCUGGGAUCAUUCUGUUGCAUUGGGACUGCUGAGCUGAAUACAUUUCUUGUUCAUUAGCGGUGGCGUUAAUUAAACGCGCUGCUUCUCCCCCUUCUGGAGCUUGGGGUCGCCUUUAUCUAUCGUUCCCAUUUCCCCCAGACAUCAAAGCAGUGAUGGGUUGUUUCUGUGCUGUCCCCGAGGAAUUUUAUUGUGAGGUUUUGCUUCUGGAUGAAUCCAAGUUGACCCUAACCACCCAACAGCAGGGGAUAAAGAAAUCAACGAAAGGGUCGGUUGUCCUGGGCUACGUAUUCCGUCACUUAAACCUUGUGGAGAUAGAUUACUUUGGACUGCGUUACUGUGACAGAAGUCAUCAGACGUACUGGCUGGAUCCUGCAAAGACCCUUGCAGAACAUAAGGAAUUGAUAAACACUGGGCCACCAUAUACUCUAUAUUUUGGUGUUAAAUUCUAUGCAGAAGAUCCAUGCAAACUUAAGGAAGAAAUAACCAGGUAUCAAUUUUUUUUGCAGGUGAAGCAAGAUGUUUUGCAAGGUCGCAUGCCCUGUCCCAUCAACAUUGCAGCUCAGCUGGGAGCAUAUGCAAUUCAGUCUGAGCUGGGAGACUAUGACCCAUAUAAGCACACUGCAGGUUAUGUGUCAGAAUACCGAUUUGUUCCAGACCAGAAGGAAGAACUGGAAGAUGCAAUAGAACGGAUACACAAAACUCUGAUGGGUCAGGUUCCUGCUGAGGCAGAGCUGAAUUACUUAGGAGUGGCCAAAUCACUGGAAAUGUAUGGAGUAGAUCUCCAUCCUGUCUAUGGUGAAAACAAGUCUGAAUAUUUUUUAGGAUUAACACCUGUAGGAGUUGUUGUUUACAAGAAUAAAAAACAAGUAGGGAAGUAUUUCUGGCCUAGAAUUACAAAGGUUCACUUCAAGGAAAUGCAGUUUGAACUUAGAGUGCUGGGAAAAGAUUGCAAUGAAACAUCCUUCUUUUUUGAAGCACGUAACAAAACCACAUGCAAACAUCUUUGGAAAUGCUGUGUAGAGCACCAUAUGUUCUUCAGAAUGCCAGAAAAUGAGUCAAACUCUCUGUCAAGAAAAUUCAGCAAGUUUGGAUCUGUAGGCUAUAAACAUCGGUACAGUGGCAGGACAGCUUUGCAGAUGAGCAGAGAACCUUCUGUCCAGCUUCCUCGGCCUGACCAAAAUGUUGAAAGAAGUCGUAGUAAGACUUAUCCAAAAAGAAAGACACAAAUGCAACAGACUGGAUCCAAAAGCAUAAAUCAGGUUACAUCAAAUAUGGAAAAUGGGGAAAAAGAAGGAACCACUAAAAUUAUUGCACCUUCCCCAGUAAAAAGCUUUAAAAAGGCAAAAAGUGAAAAUAGUCCAGAAACCCAAAGAAGUAAAAUAAGUGCACCAUGGGAGGAAAAUGGCCCCCAGAGUGGACUGUAUAAUUCUCCCAGUGACCGCAAUAAAUCACCAAAGUUUCCUUACUCUCGACGACGGAACCCAUCAGGUGGCAGUGAAAAUGAAUCUGGGCAACAAGUUAGAAGAAGAAAAGCCCAGAACAGCGGUGAAGAUUCAGAUCUAAAGCAAAGGAGAAGGUCACGAUCUCGUUGUAAUACCAGCAGUGGUAGUGAGUCUGAAAAUUCUAACCGGGAGCAUCGGAAGAAGAGAAACAGGUUACGGCAGGAGAAUGACAUGGUGGAUUCAGCUCCUCAGUGGGAAGCAGUACUGAGGCAACAAAAAGAGAAAAACCAGGCUGAUCCCAACUACAGGCGAUCCAGGCACAGAUCUCGAUCGAGAAGCCCAGAUGUACAAGCAAAGGAAGAGUUAUGGAAACAUAUUCAGAAGGAACUUGUGGAUCCAUCUGGGCUGUCUGAGGAGCAGCUGAAAGAGAUUCCGUACACCAAAAUAGAGACUCAAGGUGACCCAAUCCGCAUUAGACAUUCACAUUCCCCCCGAAGCUACCGGCAGUACCGGCGGUCCCAGUGUUCUGAUGGCGAGAGAUCUGUUCUGUCUGAAGUGAAUGCAAAAACGGACCUUGUGCCUCCAUUGCCUGUGACUCGUUCCUCAGAUGCUCAGGGUCCCAGCAUUCCAGCUUCACAACAGAGGCGAAAUGGGUCCAAAGAUAGCCUGAUAGAAGAAAAAUCUCAGAUAUCCACUAACAGCCUGGAUGGAAAACACAGUGCAAAGACAAUAAAAACUGUACAUGCAUCACGCCUCAAGAUAGAGACUUGAUUGCCAUAACUGAGGAUGGUGUAUGGAUUCUGUUCCUUUGAAAUUGGGAAUUACACAACAGUUCAGAUACUCUUUAGCUGGAAAAUGUUUCUUUGGCAUAAGAAAAGAAGAAAAAUGUAAACUGGAGUGGUGGUAAUUUUCUUAAAUUUAAAACUCCAACCUGCUUGCUCUGAAGGGCAAUCACUGUUUUCAUCACUGGUUACAGUUGCUUACGUGAUUGCAAAGAAGUUGACUGGUUAGACAGUUGGAAGGGAAAGUGUUACUACAAUUCAACAAUUGCCAGAUACUGUAUUUUCCAAAGAGGAUCAGAGGAAUUGUCAUGACAGAUCAGACCUUGGUCUAAUUCAUUCAGUUGGCUGUUUCCAAGAGGCCAAGACCGGAUGCUUUGGAGGAAGCGGUAAAACCCUCAUAAUACACUUGGCCAAUUGUGCAAUACUAUAUAAUAGUGAGGAAAUGUCUUCCUGACUCCAUAUGAUGAUCAGCUUAUACUCUGAAGCAUAAUAGCUCUUAUGUUUAUUUUAGCCUAAUGCAACUGCAAACACUGUUCUUGUUCAUACAAAUGUUGAAUCCAUGUUUAGAUAAUUGCCACAAUCGUAUCUUAUGGCAUUGAGUGUCAUGUAAAAAUGGAUUUCCUUUCACCAAUUUUAAAUGUGUUGCCUUUUAAUUUUAAAUAUCUUAUUGUAUUGUGACAGUACUUGAUUAGCCUUCUCUGUACUACUGAUUAUUUUAUAUACCCCUACCACAUCUCUUAAUUUUGUCCAUUGAAAACUACAGUGAAAAAUGUCUUGAAUGGCCAAGGGGCCAGUGUAAUAAGACUAACUAGUACACACAGACUAUAAAUGCUGGCUGGACAAAAUUGUACUAUAAACCUUGGAAACGCUUCAAAAUGGCUCCUAAGAUGGGUUGGCUAACAGUUGGUUCUUUGGUGCAGGCUUCAUUGAUCUAGUCUUUUUAAGCUCUUCUCAUAUGAAAUCCCCCAAUAAUUCUAAUAAUUUGUAGUGUCCUUCUCUGGACCGUUUCUUCUGCUCACUCAUUUCUGAGAUAAGAUGACCAAAACUGAAUGCAAUAUGCAAAGUGAAGACAGUAUCGUUGAAUUAUCUAGUGGCAUCUUUUACUCUAUAUUCACUUUGUAAAACAGUGUAACAUCUUACUUGCUUUUUUGACUGCUGUUACAUGUUAAGUAUAUUAUCUUCAAUGAGCUGUUCGCACUGAUGCCUGGAUCUUCUGCUGAGAGGUUAUGUCUAAUUUAGAACCCAUCAUUGCUUCUUUGAAUGUGCUUUACCUUGCAUUUGUCAACACUGAAUUUCAUCUACUAUUGUGCUAACCAGCUUCCUGUGUCAGCUAGACUGGUAUGGAGUCAAGCAAAAUCCUUCCCAGGCCUGUAAGUAAUUUUGUACUGAGUAUAUAUUUGCUACCCCACUAACAACAGUCUGGCAGAAGUUGACUAACCACACUGUACACUACUUGUUCUACUACUGUUUGCUCAGAGUCUACUCUUCCAUACUGAUAAAUGGCUCUUUUAGCCCUACUUUUCUAUGCUAUUGUUUAAAUCAGUUUUUAAUCUAUAACAGGCAUUUACCUCUUAUCCUGCACUUACCAAGUUUCCUCAAGCACCUCUUGAGAGGGACUUCAUCAGAAGGCUUGGGAAAGACUAAUUUGUCAAGAGACAAGGUGGAUGAGGUAAUAUCUUUUACUGGACUAACUUCUGUGGGUGAAAGAGACAAGCUUUCGAGGUACACAGACUCCCAUAGUAUGUCCUCUCCAUUCACCAAGAGGAGAGUGAGUGAUGCAUCAUGGGAAAUAUAGUCCAGCCAGAAAGCCUGCCCCAGAGGACAAUGGGAGUACAAGACACCUAAACUACAAUUCCUGCUGCAAUGCAUUGUGGCAUCAGUUUGAAUUAGAAAUGUUAUCGUCUUUCAGCAAAAUAUUUUGGCCCAAAGUGGAAACUUUCAGGGGCCAGGGGGGAAGGGAGGAGAAGAUUCUCUUUUCUGACCAGAUUUAAUAUUUGUAGAUUCUUCAUUCUUAGUUCCUUUAGAAUGAUGAAUGCCAUCUAGUACAGUAUUGUUUGUAUUGUGGUCAUCCUAAUGAGAAUCAGACUCACUCUGUGGUAGGAACUAAAUCCCUACCUCCAUAGAAUUUCAGUCAAAUCUGCUACUAAUUUUUCCCCAGUAUUUCUAUUUUUGACAUUGCUUCACCUUCACUAUCCGUGUGCAGUAAUCCUGGGAUAAAUAUUACCAGUGCCCAGUAUUUUUUUGCAAGUGCGGAAAAAAAAAAAAAAAAAAAAAAAAACAACAAAAAAACAGCCUGUAAAAUAAAAAUGGAAAAUCCUGCAGCGGUGGUAACUGUCCUGUGGGACUGGACCCAGCCCUCCCACUCCGGGCAUUGUGACCUGCGGUUUGACUCUCUGCCAUUUGGCUCAGUGGCUGCCCUCUCCCCCGCACCAUCAGAGGGGCAGCCCAGCCAAACCUAAGUGGUGAUGUGACCCUAGGUGCCAUGGCACAGUGCCCAGAGCAGAGAGUUGGGCCCACUCCAGCAGGAAAGGAGCCGCCAGCUGCAUGCAGGGCAGGCUCUCUCUACAACCCCCCCCCCCCCCUUUCCAGGCCUCCCACAGUAAAAUGAAAUUCCCCCCAAACCCUGCAAAGUUAUAAAAAUAAUAAUUUCCCAGGGCUCUAAAUAUUCUCUCUUCCUUUGUGGUGAAGACUAAUAUAAAAGCACUAUUUAGUUUCCCUGCAGUUUCCUUCUGCUCUUUGAACCUCAUUUAGACUGGCACUCUCAGAAUUGGGCUAAAACAUUUUUAAAUGUGGCUCAGUUUUGUUUAUGGUGUUUGGUCAAACUGUUUUUAAGGGCUGUUUAACCUGAUCUCUCACUGUUGCAAUCUGCUUCUUUGACAAUACAGAUGGAGACAAUCAUUGUUCUCUUUUACACUCUAAUGGCCUACAGGACCCAAUACCACUGUCAGCAUACUACUUUUCUGAUGAAUUUAAAGAGCUACAUUACAAAAAAAAUCCCCCUUACUGAAGUUUUGUGUCAUAGUACCACCUCUUGGAAUGCUCCCAAGGAUAUCAAAAUUAUUUUAUGACUAACCAUACUUAAUCCUGAGUAACACACAGGAAUUGAUUCAGGAAUGUACUGUAAAUCAAGAUACACCCCGCCUCAUUUGUUCAAGAAUAAGCUGUUCUGAGGAGCAAUUCUCCACAAUGUGUUUGCAGUGAUGUUUAUUCAUUGUCCAUUAUUACUAGUAUUUUGUUACUUCCCUGAUGUUUCUCAACAUUCUGGCUUCUUUACUGAGAUAUAAUCUAGUAAAACAUCCCUAUUACUAUACAGUACUUGUACUUUUAUGACCUGAAUUUUGUAUCUGCACAGAUUUCACAUCCUGGCACUCUUCACAGUCUAUGGCAUUCUGUAUGUACAAAGCUAUUCCCACACAUUUGACCUAAGCUGUCUUUCCUGCCUAGUGUAGUUUAUGGGUUUUGUAUAGUUUCUAAGUACUCACAGCAAGAAAUUGUGGUAUUUCAUUUAUUCCACGAUGUGUCAGAAAUGCUAGGCUUUCUGGCUUCACCAUUUUUUCAUUUAUGCUUCUUAGUAGCUGUAUUCUCAUUUAUAAGGUGUGCAUAUUAUUAUGUACCUCAUCUUUGACUAAAGAUUGUUUCAACUGUACUUCUAAUGUACCUAGCAGGUUUUAAUGUGUACCUUGUUUACUUCUCAUUAGCUGCCAUCUUAGUCAUAGCUUAUUUUAAAUAAUCCUUUAAAACCUAGCUAACUUUAUGUGCUGGCAGUCUUUUCCCCUUUGGCUAAAGAGGAAACCAUCCAUUCCUCAAGGACUAAUAUACUUAACCUCCUAUUCUCAAACCUCUAUUCUCAUUCACACAUUGAAAAACUAAUUCCACAUUGAAACAGCUUAGUGAAUAGAAUAAGAGAGAAAGCUAAGGUAGAGGUCCUGGAUUUAAACUACUGAUCUUAUUUCCAAUUAGAAGGUUCAGUUCUUAAUGACAAAUACUACUUUUUCCUAGAGUUAGCAUGAUUAGACACAGUGCAAUUUUGUCUACAUAUCGGGGAAAAAAGAAUAAGAAUUAUAUACAAAUAAUGGUUAAACUGAAAAUAAUUCAUUUAUUCAAACAUAUAAACUGAAAAAUCAAACACUUGUUCUGACUGCCAGAAGCAAACAGAGACCAUAGUAGUAGCACUGUAUCCUCUUAUUAUAUAACACAAAGUGAAAAUUCUCCAUACUAAUGAGUAACUGUGGUCACUUGGAUUUAAGUUGCUUUACAUCAGAUCAUUUGAAGAAAAUGCCCAUUUAGUUAAAUAACAUCCUUUAACAAACAGGACCUUUCAAAGGUGCUAAUCACCAGAACCACUUACUGUGUUGCUGCUGUAUAUUUAAGCUUGGCAGAAUUUGAUUUUAUUUUUUUAUAACUUUAACAGGUAAUAUUGAUUAUUUUAUGCAUUUUCCCUAUUUGUAUUUUAAAUUUUCACAGUUAUGGAAAAUUAUGGGGAUGGUGAGGAUAUUUAAUGACAGCAGACAUUGAGAUUCAAAAAGUUAAAGCUAUUUUAUAAACCAUUGAAACAAACUGUCAGUUUCACAUGUCAAAAUAUACAAAGUAAAUACCCUAAAAUCAAACUCUAAUAAGUUCUCAGAAGCAUUUUUCUUGCUUUGCCUAGCUGUACAUUUUGAUUAUUAUUGAUGGACAUAUUUUUUGUCAGAGAGAGAGAGUGUGUGAGAGAGAGAGAGAGAGUGUGAGUGUAUGUGUGUGAGAAAUUGACAUUUAUUGACAUUUCUCUAUAAAAAAAUCUAAUCUUUCCAAGCCUAUGUAUUCUAUAUGUAGACCUAGUUAAUGGAGUACUUGGCUGGGAUUCAAGACCUGGGUUCUACUCCUGGCUCGGCCAUUGGCCUAUUGGGUGACCUUGAGCAAAUCACUUCAACUCUGUGCCUCAAUUUCCCCAUCUGUAAGAUGAGGACAAUGUUCCUCCCAUGUAAAGUGCUUUGAGAUCUACAGAUGAAAAGCGCUAUAUAAGGGCUAGGUAUUGUACCACCUAUACACCAUCUAUUGCUCAUGUUCAUCCAUCACUUUAACACUGACCUUGCUUCUUCAGAGUAUGCCACAUAACAAGUCAUAUGUUCUGACCACUAAAUAGUGCUCUUCACCCUAAGUAGACUUCUGCUGCAUUUCCUAUGUUGGUCUAACUCAGUAGCUAGCGUUGUCACUGAGAACUACUGUUAGUGUGCCCCUCUGUAUAUCCAUGUAGCUUUUAUUCAGAUUCUUAAUCUGCAACUCUUAUUUAGGCUAAUCUUUGUAUUGUUGGGCUCUUGGCCCCAAAAACAUUACAUCAUUUUUUUUGUUCAAUAUCCAAACAAGCCAACCAUCUCUGUACAGUUGAACUCAGAUGCAAAUCAAGAUGGAAUGAAUUUUAACUCCCUCAUGAUUUCAGGAUAACUUUUACUAUAAAGCUAAUUAUAAAGAUGGCUGUUUUAAAAUACAUGCAAGAUCUUAGAUCUGGCUGAAGUAUAUACUGUAUGUACACAAAGUUAAAAAUUAUCCAUGAAACAGCGUGUGCUUUAUUUUAAAUUGAGUUGAUAAGGUGGCAGUGUCAAAACUUAUGUCCAGGUUAUUUAAAAUCAAGUAAAACUGUUAAAUUUUAGUGUAAAUUUUGUGUUUGCACAUUGUGUAUAUUAUUUGCACGACAUGAGAAGAAAAUCAAUGACUAAUUUGAUGGUAACAUCUGUGUAAUGCCAACUAAAAAUCAACUUGGGGAUAUAACUUCACCAGAGAAAAUGUAUUCCGCGAUAGCUGAAAGUGGUGCCAAUAAGUGUUCUUACACUCUUAGAAUGAAGUUUCCAUUGCUUAAACACUGACAAGCAUCAAACUAUCUUCCCAAUGCAAAAAGAAUGGUCUAAAAUAUAUGUGAUUUUUCAUAAAUCAA